GCCCGGAGGUGCCCACCGCCCCACCCAAUCCCGACCUAACAGCCUCCUCCCACCCCCCCCCAUCUCUCUGGGGAAACCUCGGGCCCAGGCGAGUCGACGGGGCGUCCCGCGCUCCCCUCCGGCGGCUUGGGCUGUGUUGGGCGGUCGCCCAGACAACAGGCACUUCCGGGAGCGGGCUGCCGGCGUGGACAGCGGCCCCCUUGGACUGUGUGGAUCGUUGCCCGGCAGCGCCUGCUUCCGGGAGCGUAUUGCCGGGCCUCUCGCGCUGUGGCCUAACCACCUUAGCUUCUGAGUGGAGCUGGUGGCCUCUGUGUUUCUUUGUUGCUCCUGGCAACAGCCACUUCCGGGCCGAGUGCCGGCCUCCCCCGUCCCUGCAUCUCUUGCGCCGGAGCGGGGAGCUCCGACUCUAAGCAGCAGUUAGUCCGUGGUCACCGCUCGCCCUCGGCUUAUUGCGGGCCGCGCCUCCCGGGCCUCCUCGCCGCCUCGGCGGGGUCUCCGGGGCCGCCAUGGUUUUGCUGCACGUGAAACGGGGCGACGAGAGCCAGUUCCUGCUGCAGGCGCCGGGGAGCACGGAGCUGGAGGAGCUCACGGUGCAGGUGGCUCGGGUCUACAACGCGCGGCUCAAGGUGCAGCGCGUCUGCUCAGAAAUGGAAGAAUUAGCAGAACAUGGCGUAUUUCUCCCUCCUAAUAUGCAAGGACUGACCGAUGACCAGAUUGAAGAACUGAAAUUGAGGGACGAAUGGGGUGAAAAGUGUGUACCCAGUGGGGGCUCAGUAUUUAAAAAGGAUGACAUUGGCCGAAGGAACGGGCAAGCUCCAGAUGAAAAAAUGAAGCAAGUUUUAAAGAAGACUAUAGAAGAGGCCAAAGCAAUAAUAUCAAAGAAACAAGCGGAAGCCGGAGUCUGCGUUACCAUGGAGAUGGUGAAAGAUGCCUUGGACCAGCUCCGAGGUGCAGUGAUGAUUGUGUAUCCCAUGGGGCUGCCGCCCUAUGACCCCAUCCGGAUGGAAUUUGAAAAUAAAGAAGAUUUGUCAGGAACUCAGGCAGGACUGAGUGUCAUUGAAGAAUCAGAGGCCCAACUGUGGUGGGCAGCCAAGGAGCUGAGAAGGACAAAGAAGCUUUCAGACUAUGUGGGCAAAAAUGAAAAAACCAAAAUUAUCGUCAAGAUUCAGCAAAGGGGACAGGGAGCGCCAGCCCGGGAGCCAGUGAUCAGCAGCGAGGAGCAGAAACAGCUGAUGCUGUAUUAUCACAGAAGACAAGAGGAGCUCAAGAGAUUGGAAGAAAAUGACGACGACUCCUGUUUAAAUUCUCCGUGGGCAGAUAACACCGCUUUGAAGAGACAUUUCCACGGAGUAAAAGACAUCAAGUGGAGGCCAAGAUGAAGUUCGCCGGCUGACGAUGCUGCCAGAAAUACCAGCUCGCCUUUCCUUAGGCAAAUAGUACAAAUUUAAAAGAUCAGUAGUAGUAACAGUAAGGGCGCCUGCGGCCCUCUGUGAAAGAUGUUGAAGUUCUAGUUUUCCUGGGUUUUCUUUCAGUUUGAAUGUUUAAAAGAAAAAUCAUUCAAGGUUUUAGAACUUAAUAAAUACAUCCUCGAAAGAA